UGUUCCAACUGCAACAAUAAACGUGCAAUGUGUGAACAGUUGUACAAGACAUAUGAAUUAUUCCACCUCUUAGUGGGAUAGGCCUAACAUAUACAUUGUUUUCGAGAAUGAUAUCUGCAUUUGAACGAGAGUCUAUGCAAUCAUGUUCUGUGCAGCAGAUGAGCGCCGUUUCUAUGACGGCAGUGAUAGUAGCAAUGAUGAUGAUGAUGGCGAAAACUCUGAUAGGGACAGAGAAGAAAUAGAGUCAGCAUUGUAUGCACAGAUUCACUUUCACCAUGAGGAGGAGGGGAACCUGUCCUAUAAAGGUUACUCCACAUCUGUUCAAACUCUGGGCAGUGAGUCGACUCAAAUUAUACACGAUGACAGUCUGAACACACCAUCUACAGCCACACCCUCUGGAUCAGCUACAACAUCCCUACUGUCACCACCAUCAACCAACAACUGUGUAGUGUCUCUUUCCUCCGGCGAGGAUAGUGUGUAUGUGGUGUCUGAUCAAGAUGACGUUGACUUGACUGAUAGUGAGUGUAUGAUCUUGGACGAACCUCUGUCCGACACAGGAGACAUACUGGUGCAUGUAGAGAGUUACCAACAACCCAUUCUACAAGCAGCACAGAUGGCUGCCAGUGAAG